AUGCCUUUCCCCGACCUAGCACUCAUCCCCCUCUACGGCCUCGCCCUCCUCUUCUCCAUCAUCGAGCUCGGCAUCAGCGCCUAUGCAGUUUCUCUAUGGGACGACAACCGCUUCACGCGCAACCACACCCCCUCCGAGUACUCCUUUCUCCUUUUCGCCUCCAUCUGGACGAUUUUGGCCCUCGUAGUCGUAGGCCUGCUGGAUUUCCUCCGCCAUGGCCGGUAUAGCUGGCUGGGCUGGGCGGUCUUGGGGCUCAACUUUGUAACGUGGAUCUUCUGGUUGAGCGGGUUUGCGGCGCUGGCAGCGUUCUUUGGUGGGACGGCGACGGGCACAGCAGGGGCGUUGCUGGCUUUUGCGGUUAUGCUUUGGUACGUCAUUAUCUGGCGCUCUGCUCAUAGAGCCCGCCCUGGUCCUGUCACCUAUGUGGAAGAUUCGAAUUUGACGCUGACACAUUUGACCCCUAACAGGCUCAUCUUCACGGCGAUUCUCAUACUAAACGCCUUGACCGCCUUCAGCGUGCUCAGAAGCGAGCGCCAUAGCCACAGGCCGCUGUUCUCGAGGGAAGGGAGGAAAGUCAACUCUGGACCUUCGAUGAGCACUGCUUAG